AUGACUCCGUGGUGGUCUUCCAAUUGCAUUGGUCUGGCCUCCGUACUCAUUCUGCAGCUUUUGUUGUCUCUGGAAAUAUUGGCAGGAGAACGCGUGCCUGGAGGACAUGCACGAGACAGUGCUGGAAAACAUCAUACAAACCUGGACUCUCCAUGCUGUCAGAUUAUGAGAUCAUCUCGCUAUCUGGCAUCCAACAGCAUUCAGUGCGGAAACGGGACUUGGAGACCCAGUCUCAGGUGGAGAGGAUGUUAGACUUCACAGCUCUACACAGGCAUUUUCAGCUCUACCUAACAGCUGAUGCAGAUCAUCUCUCGGAAAACUUGAAAGCAGUGGUGCUGGAUGGUAAUGGCAAAGGGAAAGAUUAUCCUAUAAAAGCGAUCAGACUUCUUCAUUGGCCAUGUCGUUGGGGAACACAAUUCAAAGGUUUUAGCACACAUAGGAGAUGGUGAUUUUACAGCACGGAUCACAGCAGAUGGUGAAGAAUAUAACAUAGAGCCCCUGUGGAGGUUCACAGAGAAUGCAUCAAAGGAUAACCUGUUAGUGUACAGAUCGGAAGACAUCAGAGAAGUCUCUCGUCUGCAGUCCUCGAAGGUGUGCGGUUACAUCAAACCAGAACAAGAUCUUUUCAGGAAUCAGCCGGAUCCCUUGGAUACUCAUGAACAUUUCCACCGAGAGAAGAGACAGAAGGCAGGUCCUGAUCCAAAUAAGAACACAUGCAAGAUGCUAGUAGUUGCUGAUCAUCGAUUCUUCAGCUUCAUGGGGAGGAAUGAGGAGAGCACCACCAUAAACUAUCUGAUUGAACUGAUUGAUAGAGUGGAUGACAUAUACAGGAAUACCUCGUGGGAUGCCCAGUGGAAAGGAUAUGGAGUACAGAUCGAACAGAUCAUUGUCCACAAGGAGCCAGAGAAUGUGACUAAUUCGAAAAUACACUACAACAUGGCCAAAAAUUAUCCGAAUGAGAACAAGGAUGCCUGGGAUGUAAAGCAGCUGCUGGAGCAAUUCAGCUAUGAUAUUUCAGAAAAGGCAUCUGGUGUCUGUCUGGCCCAUCUCUUCACCUAUCAGGACUUUGACAUGGGGACUCUAGGAUUGGCUUAUGUAGGAUCCCACAAGCCAAACACCCAUGGAGGGAUCUGCCCUAAAGCUUAUAAAAGUGAAUCAUCACAGAAGGCUAUUUAUUUAAACACCGGUUUGACAAGUACAAAAAAUUAUGGGAAAACCAUUCUGACAAAGGAAGCUGACCUGGUGACUACUCAUGAGCUGGGCCAUAACUUCGGGUCUGAACACGAUCCAGACAGCAUGGAGCUGUGUGCACCCAGUGAGGAGCGAGGUGGGAAAUAUGUGAUGUACCCCAUAGCUGUGAGUGGAGACCACCAGAACAAUAAGAUGUUCUCUAGCUGCAGCAGAGAAUCCAUCCUGCGUACACUGAUGAGUAAGGCUUCCAUCUGCUUUAAGGAACGGAACAACAAAGUGUGUGGAAACUCUAGAGUGGAUGAGGGGGAGGACUGUGACCCAGGCCUGUUACGUCAACACAAUGAUCCUUGUUGUACCCCUGACUGCAAAUUCAGGGGCAACGCAAAAUGCAGUGAUCGCAACAGUCCAUGCUGUAAAAAUUGCCAGUUUGAAACUGCUCAGAAGAAAUGCCAGGAAGCCAUUAAUGCCACUUGUAAAGGAGAGUCCUACUGCACAGGUAACAGCAGUGAGUGCCCCGCACCUGGCAGUGCAGCUGAUGACACAGAGUGCGUGGAUUCUGGCAAAUGUAUUGGUGGAGAGUGCCGGCCUUUCUGCGAGAUCGAAAAGAACCUCAAGUCAUGUGCCUGCAAUGAAACUGAACAUUCCUGUAAAGUGUGCUGCCGGGACCACAAUGGAAUCUGCAGUCCGUAUGUGAGCGAUAAGAAGCAGUACCUUUACCUGCGUAAAGGAAAGCCAUGCACUGUGGGCUUCUGUGACGGCAAUGGAAAGUGUGAGAAACAGGUCCAAGAUGUGAUAGAGAGGAUCUGGGAUUUUAUUGACAAGCUUAGUAUCAACAUGUUGGGUAAGUUCCUGGCUGAUAACAUUGUGGGGUCUGUCAUCGUGUUCUCUUUGCUCUUCUGGAUCCCUCUCAGUAUACUGGUCCACUGUGUGGAUAAGAAACUGGACAAGCAGUAUGAGGAAAAUGCCAAAUCCUUAUUCUUGCCAAGUAAUGUGGAAAUGCUCAGCAGUCUGGAUUCUGCUCCUGUACGUAUUGUUAAGCCUUUCCCUUCUGCCCAGGCCACUGGCCGAUUCCAGUCCCUACAGCAAACACCGGCUGUGCCAACCUCUGCCAAAGGUGACCAUCAAAGAAUGGAUACUAUCCAGGAGGACCCCAGCACAGACUCUCAUCUUGAUGACCAGUUUGAUGAUGAUCCCUUUCCGACCAGCGGCUCUCCUGCAAAGUCCUUUGAAGACCUCACUGACCAUCCGGUCACCAGGAGUGAAAAGGCUUCAUCUUUUAAACUGCAGCGACAGGGACGUGUGGACAGCAAGGAGACAGCGUGCUGA